AGCAGAUGCCACCAAAGCAUUAGUAUUAGGUUAUAAUGUAUUUAAAGAGACUUUGGACUAUAUUUCAAAAGAUCCAGAGCAAAAAGAAGUUGUUAAAAAUGAAGCGAAUGGACUUCUGAAAAAAAUCACUAGUUUUGAAAUUGCGUUUUAUUUGUUAUUUUGGAAUGACAUUUUAGACCGCUUCAACGCCACAAAUCACUUGUUACAAAAUCCUAAGAUGGUUCUUCAAUCUGCGGUAACAGCCCUUACUUCUUUGAAACUAUUUGUUCAAGAUAAACGAAAUUCAUUUGAUGAAUAUAAAGAAGCGGCCAAAAAAAUGUCAGGAAAAACCGACUACCCAGAAAUUCGAAUUCGCUCACAAAAUGUAAGACUCACUCCAUUGGAAAGUAGAAAUCAGGAAACUACUCAAUUAUCCCAAACAGAAAAAUUUCGAUCUGAUAACUUUCUCCCUGUUAUCGAUCAGUUGUAUACAUCUCUGACUGAUAGAAUAAAAGCCUAUGAUAUAAUAUGUAAACGAUUUGGAUUUUUCAGCAAAUUAGGAAUUAUAGAAACUUCAGAAUUAUUAUUAUCUGCCACAAAUCUGGUCAAUAUAUAUUCUGAAGAUUUGGAAUCAACUUUAGGGAACGAAUUACUGCAGUUUAAUGGUUUGGUUAAUUUACGUCAAAAAGAUUGUAGAAAAGAAGAAUCGUGGGAAUUAUUUUUGUUCAGGAUACUAUACGAAGACAAUUUAAAAGUUACCUUUCCAAAUGUAGACAUUGCUCUGCGUAUGUACUUGGUGUUAAUGGUGGCAAACAGUAGUGGAGAACGCUCGUUUUCAAAAAUGAAACUAAUAAAAAAUAGAUUAAGAACUACAAUGACACAAGAUCGUCUAUCCAACUUAACCAUUUUAAGUAUCGAAAGUGAUGUACUUAGGUCCUUGGACUUWGAAGAUACCAUCAAACAAUUUUCUAUUAAAAA